GACGACGAACGACCACGAGUUUUCGCUAUAUUCUCGAUCAUGACGAAACCCAGUGACAACCGUUCUCUUCUCUUCGAGAAAUUCGCGUUAUUGUUUCUCCUUACCAUCGUUUCAAUUAACGCGAAAAAGGAAUGCGAUCUUAACAAUUGUCCUGGACCAUUGAAGUAUUAUGAAAAUUUGGGUUGCAAGCCUGUUUAUCAGAAAGAAGGAGAUUGCUGUGCCAUUCGUUAUGACUGUGAUCAUUUAAAAUUGAGAUCUAAGAACAAGUGUUACGUUAAUGGACAUGAAUAUUCGAUCGGUGAACAUCUGAAGGAAGAGGAUAGCAAUCCUUGUGAUAUUGGUUGCAUCUGUCGACAAGGAUUAGACGAUAUAGCUUCCUUCGUAUGUGCAGUAGUCGAUUGUUUCCAUGGUCCGCAAAAUCCAAAUUGUUAUUUCAAACAUUCACCGGACAAUUGUUGUCCCGGACCGGAAGUUUGUGUAAAUGAUUUAAAGGAUAGAGCGACCUGUAUGGUUGACGGUAAAUUGUAUUACGAUGGUGAUUACUUCACAGUCGAAUCUGAUCCUGAUUUGAAUUGCAAUUGUCAACCCGGUUACAAAGGUGAAAAUGUUGAACCAUUUUGCAAGAAACCAAAUCAUCCAUAUUGCAGUCCAGAUUUUCGUAACGCUUAUGAUAUUUAUAAUAACUGUGCACCGGUUUAUUACGAUAAUCAAUCUCCUCAAACGGGUUGUAAUCUUUCGACGAGAUGUCAGAAUGCCAAUGACACUGUCAUUCAUAAUCACGAGGAAGCAAAACAUGCAGGAGAAGACGAGGAUGAUACUAUGUUGUGUAAAUUUGGUAAUUUGAAAAUGCAUUUAGGUGACGAAUUGAAUCAACCUGCCAAUGAAUUCACAUGUAUGAAAUGUUUGUGCGAGGUACCACCAAUACCAACAUGUCAAUAUCUUCCACCAACCGAAAAAUGUAACUAAUUAAGAAACGUAUAAUUUGAUAUAAUUAUACGAGAAAAUAUGUAUUAUCGA